GCAACCGAAAGCGGCGCGAGUUCUUACACCUUCUACAUCGGCCUGACUAUGAAUUUUCAAUAUUCAUUGGAAACCACCUUAACACUCUUCACCGAGCUCUACAUGCAUCCGCUGUCACGCGUCUUCGCUUACAUAAUUGGCGGUGUAGCUGGCUGGUAUUUCGUACAAAAUCAAAAGCAUCAACUCUAUGCGGGUUUCUUUCAGAAUCAAUCGUUGCAAGAGUUUCUCGGUUAUUUGGCGAUUAUCGUAUUCUUCACUUGCAAUUUUACAAUCUUCGCUUCGGGGUAUUCGAAUUUUUAUUACGUUUCGGUGUUGGUGUUGCACCGUUUGCUGUUUUCAGCGAGUGUUUGUUGUUUGAUAUUUGCAAAAGCUGCGGGUUGCGUAAAGUGGUUCUUUGCCAUUUUGGAGAAUCCAAUUUUCAAGAAAUUCAAUCAAAUCACCUAUGCUUUGUUCCUAAUGAAUCCAAUCGGUAUUCAAGUGGUGGCGGCAUUUGGCAAUGCAAGUGUCCCCUCUACACCGCUUAGAUUGUCAAUGGAUUAUAUUGCCUACUGUGCUAUUCUCUACUUUAUUUGCACGAUUUUAACCCUGUUAUUCGAGUUGCCCUACAAAAGUAUAUCAAGACUGAUGCUGCAGCACGCCAAAGAGAAGCUUAACUAA